AUGGAAGAGAAAGGCCCGCAAGUGCAGAGUCCAACAGAUUCUGAGAAUGGCUCGUCUGAUGUUUACGUUGACCCCGUCAAGGAAAGACGCAUGAUGAGGAAGUUUGAUUUGUUCGCCGUGUGCGCAAUGGGCGUCUUGUACAUGAUGUCGAAUCUCGACCGAAGCAACCUGGGCAAUGCCAAUGUCGCAGGACUCCCCGAGGAACUCGGCCUCGUGGGCAAUCAAUUCGGUACCGCGACGACUUUGCUAUAUGCCACCUAUGUCCCCUUCGAAGGCCCCGUCGCCGUGCUCCUAAAGGUCAUUGGCCCAAAGCCAUUGAUGUCAAUCAGUGCAUUGUGCUGGGCUGCUGCCAGUCUCGGAAUGGCCUUCGUACAAGACCACCGAGGUCUUUAUGCCUGUAGACUUCUCAUCGGCCUCUUCGAAGCCGGCCUGAUCCCAUGCAUCAACGUCUACAUCGGAUGGAUUUACAAAAAGUCGGAGCGCGGACAGCGAUCAUCUUGGAUCUUCGCAUUCAGCGCAUUCUCCAGCGCCUUCGGCGGGAUUCUCGCGUACGGCUUGACCCAAAUCCACACUGCCCACUUCUCAGGUUGGCGGUGGCUCUUCGCCGUAGAGGCUGCCAUGACCAUGGUUGCUGUGCCCUUGUUUUGGCUUGUUUUCCCCAAGUCUCCAACCACAGCCUGGUUUCUAACAGAUGAGGAGAAGAAGAUGAUGCAGCUGCGAUACGACGCGGACCCUACCUGGGGCGUUAGCGAGGAGUUCUCUAUGGCAGAAUGCCUCAAGGCGUUUGUUGAUCCCAAGUGGUAUGCUUUCUUUGCGUACCAGUUCUCGGUCGAUAUCUCGCUGUAUGGUUUAACCACCUUCAUGCCGACGAUUGUCAGCGGCCUGGGGUACAAGUCUGUGCAAGCCAACCUCAUGACUGUCCCGAUAUACAUUUGCGCAUUGAUCUUCUUCAUGGUCAUCGCGUAUUUCUCCGAUCGGACUGGAUACCGAGGGCCUUUUCUUGCGGGUAGUCUUUUGUUCUUGAUUGUUGGGUAUGCGCUCUUGAUCAGCGUUGAGAACCUCAAGGUGAGGUUUUUUGCGUGCUUCAUCGCGGCAUUGGGAAUCUAUCCAACAACCGGCUUGUCGCUUAUGUGGCUGCAAGACAACGUAUCAAAACACUACAAGCGCGCAACGAUGGUCGGCUUUACCCUCUGUCUCGGGAACACGGCUGGCGUUGCGGUAGGCCAAAUCUUCACCACCGAGAGCUCGCCGCGAUACAUCACAGGCUUAUCAAUUGCCAUGGGGCUGGCGUGUUUCGCCUUCGUUGACGUGCUGGUUCUCAUGGCGGGCUUCACCUGGGUCAAUCGCAAGCGAGCCGCGAAGCUUCGAGCUGCAGAACUGGCUGGGACCCCGAUCGAGCCAAACCCAGAUCUGGGCGACUAUGAUGUGCAUUUCCGGUACUCGCUGUAG